AUGGGCUCAUUUGCGUACGAUGCGUACGGUUGUAUCAUCAGUAUUGACUUUGGUACAACGUUCUCCGGCAGCUGUUAUGCUACUAUCUAUGAUAAAGAGACAAAAGACUUGAACGUGAUCAAGAACGACACUAAAUUCAUCCAAACUGCAGAUUUGGACCGAGACGAUAUUAUUAACAUUGAGCAAUGGAACGAGACCAAGGGAAAUAAGACGCCAACAGUAGUCGUCUAUGAUGAGCAUAUGCACUUGUCGCAUUGGGGAAAAGCAGCUACAAAACACAUUGCAACAAAGAGGAGCCCCCAUGAUAUCGUCCUGGAGAAAUUCAAGCUGAAACUGCCCAAGUCUGUCUCGCAAAAGGGCGCUGUUCUUGUCUCUGGCAACCUGGAGCAAGAUGACGAGGAAGCCAACAUGCGAGCCACUAUUGAUUUCUUCCGUGUGGUGUAUGACCACAUUUUCAACCAAAUCCAUACUCAUAGACCAAGCUCAAAGAUUGAAUUCACCAAGGAUGAUAUUCGUUUUGUAAUUACAGUGCCUGCAAUUUGGAACGAUGUAGAGCGUACUAUUAUGAGAAAUGUUGCCGUAUCCGCUGGUCUCAUCUCUGAAAAGGACCAUGAAAACAGACUGAUCAUCAUCAAUGAAUCUCUCGCUGCAACAUUGUACUGUGAGCGUGAAACAGCCGAAAAUGAUAUUCAAGUAGGCACCAACUACAUUAUAUGCGAUGCUGGUGGAGGCACUGUCGAUAUUGCCUCAUUCGUAGCCACCAAAGCCUUGGAAGAGAACAAAAGUUUCCCACGAUGCCAACUGACUACUGAUACUGGUGAACGAUGUGGAUCAACGUAUCUUGACGAGAGGAUGAAAGAGCUGCUCAUGAGAGUCUUGUUCAGGCCCAAUGAUAAGACCAUUUACCACUCGGAAGAACAGAAACAAGAGUUUGGUAAGCUUGGAUUCAUUGACUACACUGCUGAGGAAAGAAAGGAGCUUGAUAUCAUCGUCGCUGAUUUAUUGAAGCAAUUCAACGAGGAACAGGGUUUGAAGUACAAUUUUUCUGCUCCAGUCUCUUGUGAGAUCAUUGACCAAGAGUCAUCCGCUGAAAGCAGUAGUGACGAUGAUACCGAGUCAGAAGACGAGGAAGACGAGGAAGACGAUGAAGACGAUGAAGACGAUGACGAGGAGGAAGAUGAAACAGGAGAAAAUGACCCUUACCGAGAAAACGUUACUAGCUUUAGAAUUUCGCAUCUCAACGCCAUCAAAAAGAUCAGAUACCAACCUGUUAGUGAGGCAAAAUACGAAGUAGAUCCAACAUCAGAUAUUGGUACGAUGCUUCUUAAAGUUUCCUAUGAAACGAUGCGAAAUCUAGUCUUUGACCCAGUAAUCAACACAACCAUCAAACUAUUGGACAAGCAAAUUGACAAGAUCAAGGACACUGUUGUUGCCACGUUCCUUGUUGGUGGUUUCGGAAGAAAUCCAUAUUUGCAUUAUAGAAUCAAAGACAAGUUCAAGAUCGCCGACGAGAAUGGCAAUAUUACUGGCUACAGAUGUGGUAAAUUAUAUGAUGAUGAUAAAGGAGAUCUGGCCGCUAUGAGAGGUGCUUUAUAUUAUGGUUUAGAUGGCAGCCGCAAGCCGACUCAAACUGAUGUUAUUGAAAGGCCUUACGAUGAUGAUAAAGACGCCUCAGGUACCGAUCACGACGGCUUUGUUGCAGACACUUACAACAUGGUGAUAUGCUAUGACAUUGGCUAUGAUUUUACAUCUUGCUCAUACCUCGACUUGAGUGACAGAAACAACGAAGACGAUCAAGAGUUUGUUUUCAUUGACGAAUGGCCUGGUGCUGCAGAAAAUACCACCCGUAUACCCACAGCAUACAGAUCUGCCAGUGAAUGGGGCGCUCAGGUCCUCAAUCCUACUGAAACAAAACCCGAAGAAUUUGUGGUGCCUACCAAGCUCAUGUCCAUUGUCAAAGGCGAUUGUAGACGCUACUUUGCUAAUUUGAUCAGUGCUAUGCAAGAUCAUGUUUGUGGUGUUAUUGAAAAGAACGGAACAAGCGUCAACCGUGACAAGAUCAGAUACUGCAUUACCAUGGAAAACAGCUAUAAAUUCUUCUUCCGUAAAUCAGAUAUGCGUCAAGCCGCCAUCAAGGCUGGAUUGAUUAGUAGUGAAGAUAGCACCAAACGUCUAUUGCUCAUCAAACGGGAAGAUGCAUCUGCCAUGCAUUUCGAGGAGGAACAUUUUAGACCAGAUGAUAAAGAAAAGAAGGCUUUCAAUUCCAAAUUUUUGCAAAUUUUCUUCCGCCAUGAUACCUGCCAUUUAUCAUUACAAGAGGCUACCAAAUUGAGCGGCUACAAUGACAAGAGAAUGGCCAUUUUGCAAGAGGUACAAGAGGCGAGAGGGAAAUCCGCAGAGACCAAAAGCAAGGAGAGUGACACCACCACCGUAGCUUCAGAAAGCGAAGAGGAGCCUGUCAAAGAACCAUACUUUAGAAAUGUUCGUGGUAUUCGAUCCGCUACUCUGCCUUUUGACUUUAUACAAAAACUGGUCCUCAACUUCAAGAUUUAUGUGGACAAAAACAUGCAAAACUGUAUUAAUUGCUCCAACCGUGCGCUGUCAAACGAGCAUGAAACUAAUUAUGACCCAUUCAGCCCGGACUUCAAGAAAGGCUUUCUUGCAUAUGUCAAGACUGAACUAGAUUUCAGCAGUAAUGAGCACAUUCAGAAGAUUAGCAUUAGAAAGGAAGGAUGCUGUGAAGUAUACAUUUCGGUCUACGAUCUUUUGGAACAUGUCUUUAGACCUGCCAUUCGCGACCUAGUGUCUGAUAUUAGCCGAUACGCUACCCAAGUCGAUAUCGUCAAUUUCCGUAUGGACAAGAUCUUUUUGAUUGGAAAGCUGGUUGAGGCACAAGAAGCAACUUACUCCUUCUUGGAAAGAAUCAUUACCAAGAACAUAUCUGAGGUUUUGAAUAUUGGCAAUGAUUUUAUCACUACAUCUGAUAAGAUCGAAGAAGAAAACCAUAUCUUGGGCGCUCAAAUCUACGCAAGGGAUCCUACUACCUACACUGAACGAGUUGCAAGAAAAACCUAUGUCAUUGGCAUCCAAUCAUACACUGUCCAGCAGUUUAAGGGUGACAUCAAGAAGCAGAUCCAAGCGCUAGAAAACGCAAAUGAGGAUAACAAGGACAAAAUAUACGAUUUGGAAGCUGAAUACGCUCUACGAGGCGUAGAAGGACCGGAAUUAUUCUACCAGCCUGAAUUUAACCCAUCUUUGUGUGUGCCAAAGGGACCAGGGGACUCAACCCUGCUAAUUGAAAGAGGAAAAAAAGUAUUAGAGAAGGAUCAAGAGGCAGGCAUUGAAAGAAAAUUCUUUGCCCACGAAGAAUGCCUUAUUUAUGCCAGUAUCUAUGUCACUGAAGAAUAUGACUCUGAUGAAACACUGAGACAAAACAAACUGGACAAGGAAAGAUACCAAAGAAUUCACCAAUUUGAGAUCUAUUUAAAGAAGGACAAGGACGAUCCAAUGGCAAAUUUCAAGGACAAUCGUCUUCACUUCACUGUGCGAAUGAUACCAGAUAACAACGAAGUUAUAUUCGAAGCCAACGUCUCUUCUAGAAUUGGUAGAAAGAUUCCAGAAUUCCGUUUCCGUGAUGAAAUUUUGGUCGCUCAAAUCUACAAUGAUGUGAACAGAAUUCCAAAGUUCGAAUCUCAACGCAAGGAAGAGCCAAAGCAACAAAUCGACAAAUAA